AUGGGAGAUCACAUUCAGGAGUUUGGAAAAAUCCUUGACUACAGGGAUGAAUUGUUAAGGACCAAUCUUGGUUCCACUUGUGUAGUUAAACUUGCUGAACCAAAUGCUGAUGGUAGGCCUGUUUUUCAGAGCUUUUAUAUCUGUUUUGAUGCUUUGAAGAAAGCAUUUCAGCACUGUAGAAAAUGUAUUGGUUUAGAUGGUUAUUUUCUGAAAGGGGUUUGUAGAGGACAGUUGUUGGUAGUUGUGUGUAAAGAUGAUAAUAACCAAAUGUUGCCUCUGGCAUGGGCUGUUAUGGAGUAUGAAAACAAGAACACUUGGACAUGGUUUAUCAGAAUUUUGAAGGAAGAUUUGGCACUUGGAGAUGGGACAGCUUUAACAUUGAUAACAGAUAUGCAGAAGGGACUGUUUGUUGCUAUUCAAGAUCUUAUACCUGCUGUUUUACACAAAAAGUGUGCUAGGCACAUCUUGGCUAACUUCAGCAAAGACUGGAGAGGGCUACAAAGAAGACAGCAGUUUUGGAGGGUUGCCAAAAGCACCUUUGAGUCUCAACUAAGGAGAAAUAUUGAGCUGAUGAAGUUGCUUGGUCCAAAGAAAAUGAUGGACAAACUGAUGUAUUACAACAUAGAUUAUUGGUGUAAGGUUUACUUCAAUACUAAUAUAAAAGUAGAUUUUGUAGAUAAUAAUAUGGCUGAGUGUUUUAAUGCUUGGAUAUUGGCUGCCAGGCACAAAACUAUAAUAACAAUACUUGAGGAGAUUAGGGUGAAAAUGAUGACAAAGAUUAGAACAUUGAGGGAGUUUAUAAACACUUGGAGAUGUAACUACUCUCCAAUGUGUACGAAGGUGUUAGAGGAAAAUGUUACUAGAUCAAUACAAUGUAACAUUGAGUUUAAUGGAGUUGCUGGUUUUGAAAUUAGGGAAGGACUAUGUCAACACACAAUGGAUAUUUCUAGAAGGCAGUGUAGUUGUAGGGUAUGGUAUGAUCCACUUGGCUACAUUGACCAUUGCUACAACAAAGAGUCUUACAUAAGAACAUAUGAGCAUGCUCUUCAACCAGUCACAAAUAUGGAAAUGUGGCGUGUCUCUACCCACCCUAGUGUGGCUACACCAGAGAUAAAAAGCAUGCUUGGUAAGCCUCAAAAGGCUAGAAGGAAGGAGGCAGGUGAAAUUCCAAAUUCUGGGAAGAGGCCAAGAACUGGAAUGGCCAUGACUUGUAGCAACUGCCAUAAUAGAGGCCACAACAAGAGAGAGUAUCCAAAAAAAAACUCAGCGGCAUGGACAGAACCAACAAGUUCUAGCAGGGGAAGGGCCAACACAUCACAACCACCAUCUUCAAGCAAGGUCAUGGGGAGACCAAAGAAACCACCAACAAAACUAGUACCUGUUGAAAAGAGGCCAAGAAGAAGACCUAGGAAAACUGCCCAAGCAGUAGGAAAUAGUCCUGCACCAGCUGAAGUUCAUGUUUCAUGUUCUGCACCUGCAGCAACUAGUGCACAACCCACUGCUAAAAGAGGAAGAUGA